CGUGUUUCUUGCAUACGAUGUUGGCGACGCAUGUGCAAGAAAUCCUUUUCAAGGGACAAAUUCCUCAGUCUGGCAAGAGUGGUCGAUACUCGAUAUUACGGUACCACAUGGUAACGGAGGUAAAAUGGCGUUAACUGUUCCUUGUGUCGCUGUGAGAGGUUCCAUUGGAAUCAGCUUAGGACAAGGCCCACCAUCAUAUGAACCAGUGAAGUCGUUUCCUAAAGAUGACAGUAAAACAUGUAAAGCAAUGAUUUUUAGCCCAGAGGGAAGUUAUUUUGCAUGGGUCAAUGGAGUAACUACCAAGAUUUUACAUUGUUCUACGUGGAAAAUUAUUACAGAAAUUAAAAGGCCCAAAAUUUCUGCGAUUCAGUUCUCCACUCGAAGCACAUAUUUUAUGACGUGGGAACCAUUCAUUGCGACAACAUCAAAUCCUCAAGGAACACCAAAUCUUCACAUAUGGAGAUCAGAGACUGGAGAACUGGUGAAGAGUUUCAUACAGAAAAAACAAUCAGACUGGGAACCUCAAUGGACAAGUGAUGAAAAAAUCUGUGGGCUAUUAGUUGGUGCAGAUGUCAUUCUAUAUGAGGAUGUCAAUUUUAACAAAAUUAUGUACAGAAUAAAUGUAGCCAAAGUUGCUAGAUUUAGUAUAUCACCAAGUAAUACUCCGUACUAUAUUCUCUGUUAUAUGCCGGGAAAAUCGGAUCAGCCUUCAUUUGGUAGGCUAUUUCAAUAUCCGAAGUUCGAAUCCACACAAGCUUUAGCAAACAAAAGUUUCUUCCAGGCGGACAGAGUAAAUAUUUAUUGGAAUAAUAAUGGAACAAGCGUUUUAUUAAUGACGAGCACAGAGGUUGACAAAACAGGCGCUUCAUAUUAUGGAAAACAAACUUUGCACUAUCUUAGUACAAAAGGAGAAACUUCUAUGGUUAUGCUUAGUAAUAAGGGCCCUAUACAUGCUGUUCAGUGGUCUCCUAAAAAUAAUGAAUUCUGUGUUAUAUAUGAUUUUAUGCCAGCUAAAGCUACACUAUUUAAUCUUAAGUGUGAACCAAUAUUUGAAUUUGGUGCUUUGCAUCGGAAUAGCAUUUAUUACAAUCCUCAAGGGAACAUUCUAAUUCUGACGGGAUUUGGCAAUCUCCGUGGUGGUAUCGAGUUAUGGGACGUAGCUAACAGAAAACUAAUUGCUAAAACUGAAGCUCCUGAUACAACGCUUCUUCAAUGGUCGCCAGAUGGAGAACAUUUCAUGACUGCAACUACCGCACCUAGACUUCGAAUGGGGAAUGGAUUUAAGAUUUGGCAUUAUACCGGAACUUUAUUAUACGAACGACCAUGGAAUGAACAAGAAGAACUUUGGGAAGUAUUAUGGCAAACCUUUCCACCAGGAACGUUUCCAGAAAAACCGAUUAGUUAUAAAGCUGUUGAAGGUAUUGCUCCUAGUCAACCACAAGCAUCAAAACAAGUGUAUCGACCACCUUCUGCCAGAGGGGAAACUAUUAGUUUUAAAUUACGCGAUGAUGAAAUGUUCAAAGAUAAGAAAAAAGCUACAACAAAAGCAAAGAAAAAAGCAAAGAAAGGUACAAAGAAAUCGGAAUCCUUAGCAUCUUCUCAAUCAAACAAUCCAAGUACAAAUGGACAAGUUACUACAAGUACGGAAAGUCAGAAUUUGAAUACAAAUGUUCCUGAUUGUGAUAAUUUGGAGAGGAGUAAGAAAAUUAAAAAAAUUAAAAGCAAAUUAGAGCAGAUUUCAAAAUUAAAGGAACUGCUAGUAGCUGGGAAGCAAUUAGAAAUCAAUCAAUUAGACAAGAUCAAGAAAGAAGCUGAUUUAAUGAAGGAACUUGAAGAGCUUGCUUUAUGAUGAACAUUUCAAAUUAUGGAUAUGUAUGCGGUUUAAAAAAAAAGUCUAAAUAUUUCUUUUAAUAACGGAAAAUGAUCUCGGUCUCUCACAUACGAUAUCACACGUACGGAAGUUACGUUUGGCUGUACAUAAAAUUUUCAUUCUGAAGAGGUAGCGGGAACAAACUAAAUUUUGAAAGUGGAUGGAAUAGAUUUCCAUGUCUCUCAUUGAAGAUAUUAAGAUUUAAAAAUAUAAGUUUUUUUUUGAGCGAUGAUAAUGAAAUUGAAAUGGUCCAUCGCUAAAUCCUUCCUUUGAUACUUGGGAAUGAAACCACUUUUUUUCUUUCUUAAUGGGUUCUUUAUUCUAAGUAAUAUUUCGAAAUAACAUUGAAGAAUGGGCAUUGAAGAUUGGAAAACAGUCCAAUGAUGACCAAGCUUCCUUAUCAUAUAGCCCUGUAUACCAAUGUUGCAUUACAAAACACUUCAGUAAUUUUCUUGAUAUUACAUUUGAUAAAUAAAAAAUUGUACAGGGUGAAUCAUAUUAUCUUGGUAUUACUUUGAAAUGUGACUCGCAAUAGCGAUUUACCCCGUAUAAAAUGCAUAAUAUAUAUAUAUAUAUAUAUAUAUAUAUAUAUAUAUAUGUGAUGGAAAAUGUGAGGUGGAAAAGAAAAAUGGUAUGAUUAUAAAACCGAAUGCACAUAAAAUUUGUUCCUGGAGACAGGUGCUAUCAUUUCACUUUUUAUGUUUAUAAAUUAUUGCGCACUAUUCCAUUUUUGUUUUUAUCAAUCUCUUUAUGAAAAUUUAGCGAGGGUUAGAUAUAGACAUAUCAUUUUGUGAUUUCAUAAUUAUUACACUCAUGAAAUGAGUAUUGCACUAGUAUUUCCUGACAACUUUUCGUUCUUAUAUAUACUUUUGUUUUGUGCCUUACAUUAUAUGUUUAAGAUUCAGAUUUUAUAUUUUUCUUGCUGUCAAGGCUUAUAAGACUGGUCAAAUUAAAAGUACUAUUACGUGGCACAGUGUAACAAAUAAAUGAAAGAAAACUGCCAAAAAAUUACCAACUAUAUUCCACGACUAAAGGAACAUUUUUAAGUAAUAAAGAAAAUAUAGCUUUUUGAAUUAGUUGAUUUUUUAAAGUGCUGUUCUUCAAUGAUGUUCAAAGUUACCUUCGCUUAUUUUUCAGAUUGUUGUAUGAGCAUUCAACAACAAUCUGUGUUCUGUAACAAUAUAAUAGUUGUUGAAUUACUUGUUUUAAUUUAAUAUUUACUAAUAUUGAGAUUUUUAGGUUUAUCUGAACAAUCAGAGAAUUUGUACAAUAUAGAUUGUACAAGUCAAUAGACAAAAGAACAUUUCUUUUACCUUGUUUCCAUUUAUUUUGCUAUAAUAAUGAACAAAAGUUAAAUACAAUUGGGAAAACCUAUAGUACAAUGUGUGAUUACGUCGAAUUUUUAUAAAAUUCGUGAAAUAAAUAACUAAAAAUUAUGUAUCAUUAUCUCUGACAUGUACAUUGAAUCAUAUACAUAUAAAUUACGGAUUAAUUAACAAGUGAUGGGUAUCUCAUAAAAUGAAUUACAUAAAAAAAAAAUCACAAUCGCCAAUGUUGUGUAUACUUACGUGAAAUUUAUGAAAAUAAAUUAUUAAAAACAGCA